CCGGUGCGCAGCUGCCAUCUUAGGGGCUCCUGGCGUUGCGGCCUUUUCGUGGAAGGCGUUCUUCGUGGCGGCUGCGGAUCUCGAGGGGAGGCAGAAAGUCCGCUGGCCGACAGCUUUCCUUCCUCCGGCCUCGACAGGGCGAGCAGCCCGCGUCCGAAGGCUGAGGCGAGGGCCGCCGGGCGCGUGAGGGGUCGAGGCCAGCGGUUAGUCAGAGCGUCUCCCGGAAGGAUGGGCCGGUCUCGGAGCCGGAGCUCGUCCCGCUCCAAGCACACCAAGAGCAGCAAGCACAACAAGAAGCGCAGCCGGUCCCGGUCGCGGUCCCGGGACAAGGAGCGCGUGCGGAAGCGUUCUAAGUCCCGGGAAAGUAAACGGAACCGGCGGCGGGAGUCGCGGUCCCGUUCGCGCUCCACCAACACGGCCGUGUCCCGGCGCGAGCGGGACCGGGAGCGCGCCUCGUCCCCGCCCGACCGCAUCGACAUCUUCGGGCGCACGGUGAGCAAGCGCAGCAGCCUGGACGAGAAGCAGAAGCGCGAGGAGGAGGAGAAGAAAGCGGAGUUCGAGCGGCAGCGAAAAAUCCGGCAGCAGGAAAUAGAAGAAAAACUCAUCGAGGAAGAAACAGCACGGAGAGUAGAAGAAUUGGUAGCAAAAAGGGUAGAGGAAGAAUUGGAGAAAAGAAAGGAUGAAAUUGAGCGAGAAGUUCUCCGAAGGGUGGAGGAAGCCAAGCGCAUCAUGGAAAAGCAGUUGCUCGAAGAACUCGAGCGACAGAGACAAGCUGAGCUUGCAGCACAAAAAGCUAGAGAGGAGGAAGAACGUGCAAAACGUGAGGAGCUAGAGCGAAUACUAGAAGAGAAUAACCGAAAAAUUGCAGAAGCACAAGCCAAACUGGCUGAAGAACAGUUGAGAAUUGUUGAAGAACAAAGAAAGAUUCAUGAGGAAAGGAUGAAACUAGAACAAGAGCGACAGCGUCAGCAAAAAGAAGAACAAAAAAUUAUCCUGGGCAAGGGGAAGUCCAGGCCAAAACUGUGCUUUUCGUUAAAAACCCAGGAUUGAAUUGCAAACUCUGGACUUUUUACAAAGAAAAAUGGAAAAACUUUGUAUGGUAGCUUCAUGUUGAAGUGUUUUUUUUUUUUUUUUUUUUAAUUUGGAAUAUCUGGACAGUUAGCUUGUUCUAAUGGGGGCUAUGCUCUGCAAGUCCUUUUCUUGUUCCCUUAACUUCCAUUAAGUCAAAUCCUUAUCAGAUCAUUGUUGUCUUCUGAGAAGUGAUAUAUUUUUCACCUGUUUGGAUUCUGUGUUAGUGGUCUGAAGAAGAGCAGAUCACUGUAAACUAUGGAUGGUCUGAUAAGGUUUUUACCGACCCACUGACUUCAGAGUUAUACUCUGUUUACUACAUCAUAAUGCUGGUUUUGCUGACUUUUUGUUUUUUUAUAUAUUUAUAAAAAAAGAAAAAGUUGGUAGUUGCAUUGGAAAAUUCCCAGGGUAAUUACUGGACCUAUGUGGUGUAUUGUAAACCACUGUCCUUGUGAUACUGUUGCUCUUGGUGUUCCUGAUACAGGUAAGGAAACGGUCAACUCUGAUGCAAAAUACAUAUGCAGUUCAAUAUUGUCUCUGUUCAAGUUGUUUUUAUUUCAUUGACAAAAUCAAACCAGCAUUCCCCAUUGUGUAAAUAAAUGAUUUUGCUGAAUAAAGUAAAGUCUUAAAUUCA